AGCGCGUGCAUACGAAGACAACGCCGGCCGCAGGCGAGAUGGAGCGACUGCCGGAGGAUCUCCUCGUGCGUGUUGUCUCGCUCACGUCGCCGCUGGACGCCUGCCGCGCGGCCGCCGUCUCCCAGGCCUUCCGCGCCGCAGCAGACUCCGACGCCGUCUGGUCCUUCUUCCUGCCCCGUAACCUCCCGCAGUUCGCUAAAGGCGAGCUCCCCCGCACGCAGCCGUCGAGCAGGAAGGAGCUGUUCCGACGCCUCUCCGACCAGCCAGCUCUCCUCCCACACAAGUUAGUGGUACGUUAUAUAUAUACCGACGAACUCAGCGUUCAUGUGAUACGUUCUUGCAGUUUAAUAGGCUCAAUAUAAUGUCAUUUGCCGUGUAAUUACUCCGUGCAGAGCAUGCAGCUCGACAAGGCUACCGGCGCCCAGCGCUUCACGAUUUCGGCGAGGGCGUUGCAGAUUCCGCGGUGCAAGGGCUCGCGCCGGGCCAGUUUAUGUGCACUUUCGAAUUGCAGCAAAGAAGACAAAAGGAUCUUCUCCGAAGACGCUCAGUUCUAUCGUGUCAAUGAGUUGGAGAUCCGGGGGAAGAUACAGAAGAAGAUGCUCUCACAAAAUACAACAUAUGCCGCAUACUUGGUGUUCAAGCUAGCAUAUGCAUACUAUGAGUACGAUUUCCCAUACGAGGUGGCAUCCGUUGGUGUUGCCGGGAGGGAGUCGACCCAACAAGUUUGCGUGCAAGGUUGGAGAGGGAGUCUUAACUGUGACGCAAUUCCACCCGAAGAGGAAGUUCAUUUCCCUCAUGAAAAAGCCGACGGCUGGAUGGAGGUGGAGUUGGGUGAGUUCCAUAACGAGGAGGGUGACAGUAGUGGCGAGGUGUCCAUUAGCUUCAUGGGAGAAAGCAAGUCUGGUCUUACCGUACUGGGCAUUGAGCUCAGAAGUAAGCAACAAAAGCCGACAUAAUUGUAGAAUUACCAUUAAGUAACCCAUGGGAGUUAAAAACGACCUUUUUGAAGUGUCUU